AUGACAAGUGAAAACUUUUAUAUUGAUCUAGACUUUGAUAAAGAAGGUCAAAAAGAUCCAUUUGUACAGAAUGAAGACGAUCUUUCAUUAAGAGAAUUAAUUCCAAGAAUAUUACAUGAACGUAAAUCAUUUUUAGGAUUAACCGAAGAAUCAUUAAGGGAUGAAAUUAAUAAAUUGAAUCAAAUCUCCGACGAAAAUCAAGAUGAAAAAGUUUCACCACAAAUAAACUCCGAAAUAAAAGAAUUAAAUGUUGAUGAAGAAGAGGAUGAAGAGAUGGAACAAGAACAAGAGACUGAAGCAGAAACAGAAGAGGUAGAGGAAAAUAAAACAAUAACAUCCAAUGAUAUUCAACAAAAUUUUAAUAAACAAAAAUUCGAAUUAACGAAAGCUAUAAAUAAUGCCUUGAACGAAACUUCUUUAUCAUUAGAUUUCGUUUCGUUAUUAGUUGCAUCAGUUAAGCCAAAUGUUGCUAAAAAUACAAUGUCACCUCAUCUAUCAAAAUUUGUAAAACCAUCGUCUUUAAAUUCUGACAAAUUAAUGGGCGAAGAACUGACUAGUAAUGGAAAUUCCAAUGGAAGUAGUAUUCAUGAUAAUUUAAAAGAAACUACAUCAGAAGUUUCAAAAUCGACUAAAAUAGGUCAAGGUUGGAAAUCUGAGUCUAUCAAAAAGAUAACUGAAAUGUUCAAACAAUCAAGUGAAAAUAUUCAACAACAAGUUAUUAAAGAAAAAAAUUAUUGGAAUAUGAUUAAUUUAGUAUUAUCAAAUAAUGAAGCAUUGUUUAGAAUGAGAGAUCCAGCUAAUAAUGCAAGGGCAAUAGGAGUCAAAUACGGAUAUGGGGAUUCUGGAUCCGAUUAUUAUGAUAAAGGUUUGGGUUUAUUAAGAAAGAAUAUUCAAACUGGAGAAAUUAAAUUUCAUGCAUUAUCAUCAAUUGGUAAUAGAGUUGUUGAUAAAAUUUAUAAAUAUAUUAGAAUAAGAAUUCUUAGUAAAAUUGAAGGAGAUGAUGAUUUUAUAAUAACUGGACAAUCACAUUUUAAACUUGAAUUUAAUAAUUCAAAACAUGAUAUUAUAAAUGAAAUUGAAAAAGCAAGAUUAUUUUUAUUUGAAGAAGAUUUAUUUUAUCAAUUAAGUAAUGAAGCUAAAUUAUUAAUUAGUUAUAAUGUGAAUGUUAGUUCAAAUAAAGUAUCAAUUGAAAUUGAAAACCAAAUGAUUGAAAUUGAAAAUAUAACUUAUGAUGAAUCAAAUGAAGACGAAUUGAAUAAUUAUUAUCAAAAUGUAAAUUCAUCAUCAUCAAUAAAUAACAACAAAUGCCAAUUGAUUUUAUCAUAUUUUAAGUUAAUGCUUUGUUGUUUUUAUAAAUAUAAUUUAAAAUUAAAACAAAAAGUCCCCACGUCAUUAAUCAAGUGGAAACAAAAAAAUUCACACCCUUUAAUACUAAGACCAUUUUUAGGUAAUAUAAAACAUGUAUCAUAUAUAAAUACUAUUGAAAAAAUAAUCAAUGAAAUAACUAAAGAAAACAGCGAUAUCAAAUCAGAUUCAACAAUAGAUAAAUUUGUGAAUCUAGAUCUUAAUACCAAAAACAAUCCAUUUCAAAAAUCAAUAGAAAAACCUAAAUCCAAAAUAAACUUAACACUAGUCAAUAAAAAGGGAGAAAUUCUCAAAAUUAAAAUAAUAAUAACAACAAAUGAAUUAUUCGUCAACCUAAUCUUGAAAUUAUUCGUUUACAAGUAUGAAUCCCAAGAAAAUGAAACAAAUAAUAUAAAUUGUAUUAAUAUUUUACAAAAUGAAUUUAAUGAUUUUGAUGAAUUAAAAGAAAAUUUACAAUGGUUAAUUGAAGAUUUUAAAAGUUAA